AUGGCGGAUCCACGGUGGGCGCAGUACUACGACCGGAGCGAAGACGUUGACGUUGACGGCGACGUCUUCCGCGUCUACCUCGCCGGCGCUGAGGGCCCGGUUGUCGUGCUUCUCCAUGGUGGCGGCCACACGGGCCUCACGUGGGCCUUGACGACGAAACUGCUCAAGUCGCACUGCCGCGUGGUGGCGCCCGACUUUCGCGGCCACGGAGAGACGCGCACGGCCAACGAUGGCGAUCUCUCGGAAGAGACGCUGGUCAACGAUACCGUUCGCGUCUUGCAGCGCAUUCUGCCGGGCGAGGGCCCGUCGGCGACGGAGCGUGGCAGCCCCAUGAUCCUCGUGGGCCAUAGCAUGGGCGGCGCGAUCGCGAUCCGCGUAGCGGCGUCGGGGCUCCUCAAGACGCUCGUCGGCAUGGUUGUCAUUGACGUUGUCGAAGGGACGGCGCUCGCAGCGCUGAGCCACAUGCAAGCUGUCUUGGCCAACCGGCCCGAUACCUUUGCCAGCGAAGACGAGGCCGUGCAAUGGAGCUUGCAGACGGGCGCGGUGCGCAACGCCGAGUCGGCGCGCGUCUCGAUCCCGUCGCAGAUAAUCCGCGACGGCGACCACUACAUCUGGCGCACCAACCUCCGGGCGAGCGCCAAGUACUGGAAGGGGUGGUUCACAGGCAUUAGCGAGCUCUUUCUUGGCACGACGCUGCCCAAGGUGCUCUUGCUUGCCGGCACCGAUCGCCUCGACACGGCGCUCACCCGCGGUCAAAUGCAAGGCAAAUUUCAGCUGCUCUUGCUCUACGGCAGCGGCCACGUGAUCCAGGAAGACUGUCCCGACAAGACGGCCGACGCGCUCCUCGAGUUUUGCUCGCGCCUCGUCCCGAUGAGCGGCCUCCGCACGCAGAAAGACAUUCUCGCCGAGAAGCUCGCGCGCGCCCGCAACAUGACACCGCACACGUCGUAG